AUGAAGAUCGGUACAGUGUUGGUUGUAGUUUUUGGCCUUGCGUUCACCGAAGGUUUCGCACUAAGUCCCAAAAGUGAUGAAGACAGUAUUAAAAUUGUUGGAGGUCACCCGAUUGGGAUUGAGCAAGCCCCCUACCAGGUAUCGGUACAGGUCAAAACCAGAACGUCCCAUCGACACAUUUGCGGCGGAGCCAUUCUAAGCGCCGACAAAGUUCUAACCGCAGCUCACUGCAUCGAAGAUGGCACAAAGUACGCCGUUCGCGCCGGGUCCAACAACCACGGUCACGGAGGUCAGCUGGUGAACGUUCUGGAUGUUCGAGUCCACCCGGAGUUCAGCGAUUACUAUCUGACCAAUGACGUUGCCAUGUUGCGGCUCGAGAGGCAUCUCUUCUUCAGCAGGUCGGUCGCACUGAUCGGGAUGGCCUUUUCGGAGUUCUUCUACAAGGAACCGAAAGAGGUGUUCGUUUCCGGUUGGGGAUCCAUUCUGUAUGAUUCAUCGCUAUCCGAUCGGCUUCAAGGAGUUUCCAUCCCGUUGGUGAACCAUGAUCAAUGUUCGGAGCUGUACGCGGAGUUCAACAACGUUACGGAUUCGAUGUUCUGCGCAGGCCAAGUGGAGAAGGGUGGCAAGGACUCCUGCCAGGGUGAUUCCGGUGGUCCUGUGGUUAUGAACGGGUACCUUAUUGGGGUUGUAUCUUGGGGCUAUGGGUGCGCAGAACCAAAGUAUCCAGGAGUGUACUCGAAGGUGUACUCAUUCCGGGAAUGGAUUCAGUCAUUGCUGUGA